UUGAGCACCUUUCUUGUGCCAGGAACUGAGCAGCGAAGCAGAGAAGAAAGGAAGAAAUCUGAUGGGAGUGAGCGACUACAGCAGGAAUAUUUAGAAUACGCGCUUCGUCGUUUAGCUAUGACUCAAAGGACACUGCAGUGAGGUGUUCCUGGUGUGUUGGCUAGCUGAUGUACGACGAGAUUAGCUAGCUGUUUCUGGAUUCGCUUACCGAAGUUUGGGCUGAAAAGUUCACGGCGGUACGGGAUCGGUGUUUAACGUUAUUAUUAUUGAAUCUGUUCUACUGCUGAAACAGACCUACAGAUACAGAAGACAUGGUGUCCUGGAUCAUUUCGAGAAGCGUUGUGCUGCUGUUUGGGACUCUGUAUCCUGCGUACUACUCUUACAAAGCUGUCAAGACCAAAAAUGUUAAGGAAUAUGUGCGAUGGAUGAUGUACUGGAUUGUAUUUGCCCUCUACACUGUCGUGGAGACGAUUACUGACCUAACACUUGCAUGGUUUCCUCUCUACUACGAGCUAAAGAUAGCUUUCGUGAUCUGGCUGCUGUCCCCUUACACUAGAGGAGCAAGUCUUAUUUACAGGAAGUGUCUGCAUCCUUUGCUGUCCUCCAGAGAAAGGGAAAUAGAUGAGUACAUUGUGCAGGCCAAAGAGAGAAGCUAUGAGACCAUGGUGAACUUUGGCAAGCAGGGCCUGAGCAUUGCAGCCACCGCUGCGGUCACUGCAGCUGUCAAGGGUCAGGGGGCCAUUACUGAGAAGCUGCGUAGCCUGAGUAUGCAUGACCUCACACAGAUAGACCAGCAGGACGACAGAGGAAACCAGCUGUACCAGUACAGCUCCCAUUCAUCCAACCCUGCUGUCAGGAGGUCUCGGAGCAGUGACGCUCCGGACGGAGAUGAGUACUAUUAUGAUCAGGAGGAAAGGACGGACGAAGAGGCCGAGCCGACCUUCUCUGAAGACGAGGCUGUCAGUCAGAAAGGACUGAGGCGAUCGCAGAGUGUCAAACUGUCACGAUCCAGAGUUCGCAAAGACGCUCGUUAUGGAUCACUGAAGAUUAAAGGCAAGAAGAGACCAGCACUGAGCUCCGUUAACUAUGGAAUCUAAAGAGAUUACUGCUGUCGCAUACAUACACACAGCUGAGCAGGCUGCUGAUUGGUGGAUGGUACUGUCAGCUUGUUUUUAGCUCUGACUUUUCACUCUGCUGAGCUCUUUGACGAUCACCUUUCUGCUGACAUAUUUAUUACAAGCAGUGGCUCAAAGAGAGCUCACUCUCAGUGAACACUCACAGGCUGACGAGUACAUGAUGUCUUUGUUGUGGGAUGUGUGAUUUGUUUCUUUCUUCAUUAGCUUUGUAGACAUGUUUCUAUGUGUGUCUAGAUUUUAGAUCAGCUGUUGAUUUUGUGUAAUUUUACAGAACACAUGCCACCUACUAAGGCGUCCUCUGUGAGGAGUUCAUAAAGUCAUGCUUCACUAGUUUUCAUCCUGUUGCAUCACAGCAUAAUAAUAACCCCUCAAUAAGAACAAGCUCUGGUUUGUUUGGUUCAUCUUUGGUUCUCCACUAUUGUCAACUUUGUCUUUUUGUAUCAAUCAUUUUUCUUGUGGAAAAGACCAAAGUAUCAAAGUAUGAGUGAACCUUCAACUAUUACGUGCUUGGCUGGAGUCACGUGACACUAAUGGCUAACACUCAUACUCUACAUAGACAUUUACAUUGCUUUUAAAAUUGCUUUUUAAAAAUCUUAAUGAAAGCUUUAUCCAGGCAGUUGUUGUAAGAGCAGCAGAAGAAGGGCAAAUGUCUAAUAACACAUCUCAGUCUUAUUAGCAAAUAUUACAUGAGUGAGCGACAUUCAGCUAAACAACAACAACACAGCUGUGUUACUAAGUGCAUUCUGGAGUAAUACAAAAACAGACUUAACUCAUCCUGAUUUGGAUUGAACUUCAUUUCAACUUUCAGCUCAAAGUGAAAAUCACUGUUCUGUUAGUGGAAUAUAAAAUGUUGAACUUACAUUUAGAAUAACCAAAGUUGUUUUUGUUAUAUGGUAUAUAAAUAUGUUUUUAUGAGUUAUUUAGCAGUUAGAUUCAGCUUCAAACUCUAUUCGAAAAGUUUGGCAUUAGUUCUGCUUUUGCUGCCUUUUAGCUGUUUUACCUGCUGGUACCACUAUUGUUGGAUUCUUGACUCAUGGCCCAAUUGGUACCCACUUAUGGAGACCAAUGUGAAAGCAUGAGCAUUUGAGGAGAGCAGGACUGACAGAGGCUGAAGCUCAUGUUCAGACUGGUCUCCUCUGUCGGGGGGAAAAACCAAGUGAAUAAGAGAGAGUUUCAGCACUUGUGCAGGCCUGCAGCUCCCACUCUUGAUGAUUAUUUUCUGCUUUUUAUUGGUGUACUUUGUACUGUGUCCCAAUCACUCCCCUGGUUGUAAAUUUCAAGUCGUGUUUUGUGGUAUUACUCAAGUUUUGCCUUCUGAAUGGUGUUUUUUUUUUUUUUUUUGUGAGGUGAUCAAAAGGUGUUUUGUAUUGCAGCCACGUUUUGCACAUAUACCUCCUCUUAUACUUUUUUAUCUUUAUGCUGUCCUUGCUUGUCAUCUCAAUUUUAAUGUAACUAGCUGUGAGAGGAUGCAGAGCGCGAGAUGGCUGAUGGAUGCCGAUAUCAACAGCUGCUCGUAGCAUUCGUUUCCUCACACACUGCUGGUUGAGCGACGUUGUGAUUUCUGCGUUUCUCUGGCAGAAACGAUGUCGAUGUGUCAUCGUGCUUCUGGUUCAGCAGGUUGUCUGUCCUAAAGCAGAGGAAUUUUCAGCCUUUUUUCAUUUGCUUUGAUGCAAUAAGCCAAACGUAUUCACAUCAGCGGGUCCAUUUAACGAUUGUAACUUAACUAAUUAUACCAAAGCUUUAUGUAUCCACACAAAGCACUAUGGCUGUAGCUGUUUGAACUUUGUGGGGAAGAUACCUGGUGUGUGGAGGUGUAAUAAAAUAAAGUUUGUCUGACUGCAGUCAGGCCAACAAA